CUAAUUUCAAGAAUCGUAAUGAAUUUCGAUGAUGCUUCUUUAUCUUCACUACAUACUUACAGAGUCAAAACCCGUUAAUAACAAAAAGGCAUACAACCUUCUAUUCAAAAAUCCAAAAGAAAAUACUGUCAUAUAUCUCCAGAUAGAAAGAAUUAGUUAAUUUCUCUAGUGCUCGAUAAAAAGCUAAGAAUCAAAGAUGCUGCUUCUAUAUGCAGUUUAAAUUAUUCCACAGCCAAAACAAUACUCUAUACUCUGAGACAUAGACCUCCUAAGUCAGCAGUCGUUAAGCCCAUUUCGAAUUCAAGAUAACAGAACAUGACAAUGAAAAUUCUUAUCAAGGGCAAACUAGUGAAUGAGUAUGAUUUUUAUGCAAAAUCGAAUCAGAGUUGAAGUGUAUUAAUUACAACUCAUAUAUAAAAAUCUAUGAAAUUGACAUUUA